GUGGUGGUGUGCGAUCUCUCGUCCUUACAAAGCGUGCGGGAAGCGGCUCAGAGCAUCCUCAAUAACUACACACACCUGGACGUACUCAUCAACAAUGCCGCCGUUGUCAUGGAUACGCGUGUGCUGACCGUGGACGGCCAUGAGAUGAUGUUCGGUACUAAUCACCUGGGGCCAUUCCUACUAACCAGCAUGCUACUUCCACUCCUGAAGAUAUCUACCUACCCAGGUCUAAAUGUCAAGUCAGGGAGGGAAGGGAAGUAUAUAACACCCCAAAGCAGUUGCAAGGAUGCACAAGGGUGUGUACAUAACGGUGAAGCGUACAUGGGUGUGUGUGGUGGCAGGGUUGUCAAUGUGUCGUCUGCGGCCCAUUCGUUCGUGAGUUGUGUUAAUUUCGACGACUUAAACUACGCCAAGGGCUUUUCGACCUUCCCCGUGUACGGCCACUCGAAGCUGUGCAAUAUCUUAUUCAGUCGUGAACUGGCCAAGCGAUUGCUAGUUGAUGAAGCGGACCGUGUCUCCGCCGGAACAGCCGCCCAAAGUGCACACACACUACCAGGCACAGACUCACAAGCACACACACCCACAGACACAGACUCACAAGCGCACACAUCAACAGACACAGAGUCCCAAGCACACACUCACACUGUAUUAGACACCGGCGUUCAAACGUCCAACCCCCUCAGCGAGAGCAACGCAAGCUCACGUGCUGCUGAUAGUGCAGCAACAGAUAACGCAGACAGGGAGAUUAAGAGUCACAGACCAUGUAGUGUGAGUGUAAGCUGCCUGCAUCCUGGUGCGGUGGCUACUAAUCUGGGGGCCAACUCCAGUACGUGGUACGUUAAACCAGUGAUCUCAGUACUGAGCUUGUUCUUCAAAGCGCCCGAGAAAGGGGCGGAGUCGAGCGUGUACCUGGCCACACAGCCGCAGGGGGGUGCGUGUGCGGGUGAAUACUUUAUUGGCUGUAAGGUGGCGGGUAUCAGCAAGGGCGCUACAGACGAUGCAGCGGCUAAACGAUUGUGGGAAGUGAGCGAGAGACUGGUGGGUAUAGCAGAGUAAGCAUACGACAUUCAGAAUGUUUAUGCCCAUAUAGCUCGGUAAGGAUACGAGGUUAGGAAUGUAUAUGCCCAUGUAUCUCAAAAAGGAUACGACGUUAGGAAUGUUUAUGUCCAUAUAGCACGGUAAGGAUACGACGUUAGGAAUGUAUAUACCCAUACGGCUCAAGGAAUGUAUAUGCCCGGGCAGUGUGCAAAGCUUGUGACAGCAGACAGUGUGGUUGCAGUGUGGUAUAUAUCACUCUGUUAGGUGUCUGGCACUGCAACACUGUGGAAUAGCCAUAGAAAUGCUACUCACGGAGAGUUCAAUUGUUGUAUCCGCAAACACUUUUGAGCCUUAUGACAGUUUAUUUUCAACUACGUUCAGUACUAUGUAGUGCUUUGAGGAAUGUGGAUUUGCAUCCUUUGCAUUGGAUAUAUACAACCCAGAGUAUGUUUAUUUUUGUCAUAGUUUAUAUAGAAGCACGCGGUGUACUGUAUACGUACACAGACGCAAAUUUCUAUUCUACUUGCUGAGUUUGGGAUCGAAAAUUCUGACUCUUGGCGGUGUGCAGGUAUUGGGCAAUAAAUCAAUCAUGUUUUAGACUAGAACCCAAUGAUUUAAAUUCACAUAAAGAAUGAGGUC